AUGGCUAACAACAGCUCCCCAGAUUACAAAUCUCUCUAUCUACAGGCAGAAGAGAGACGGAGGCAGGAGGAGGAGAGACGGAAGCGGGCUGAAGAGCGUACCCAACCGACCACUUUCUUGGAGUUCUUGCGCCAUUCCCACAAUGUACUCUCCCGACCGUUGAGGGUUGAGACACCAUCUCGCUCGACCAGCGGGAAGAUACCGCUUCCAACCGGGAAAUAUUGCCCGACACGGCUGGAGCAUUGGGCUGACUGCCCAGCGCAACAGUCGGAGCUUUACAGGUCCGUCUACAGUUACCUCCAGUUGACACCAGGAGGGGCGCCGCGUCUGUUUUCAUCUUUGCAUGAGCUAGAAGGAUUAGGCCGACGACUUGUUCGCAAGCCUAUAAGCAGUGAGCAAGAACUUGAGGCUUAUGAACGGUUCGCCGUGGAAGAGUACGUCAACGAUAUAAUAACGGAGUUGUGCAAGAUACCCGCUGCUCGUGAAGAGUUCGGUCUUGGUGAUGGCAUCCAGUUCAGCAGUCAUACGAAUUCCUUGAACGAUAACGAUGCUAUUGAGGCAGACAUAAGCCAGCCGUCAAGUGUUCACCGCCCCAGACCUGAUCAAUUCUGCAUCCAUCGUGUCGACGGCAAUACUAAAAGUCUCCUUACGACCGUCGAGUAUAAGCCUCCCCACAAACUCUCCGUCGUAACCCUACGAAUGGGGCUUCGACCAAUUGACCUAUGGAAGGAUUUGGUCCGAUCAAAUAAGAUACCCACGAACCAGGAAGCAAAGUUGAGGUACAAUACAGCGAGACUCGCCUCCUCCGCUCUUAUCCAGGAGUAUCAUGUGAUGAUUCAGGACGGGCUCGAGUAUUCCUACGUGACCAACGGGAUCGCCCGUGUCCUUCUCCGUGUUCCACGUGACGAUCCUAGCACGCUUUAUUACUUCCUAUGUGAUCCUAAUAGUGAGGUGCAUUCAGAAGACGAAGAAUCUUUCCUACAGCCCGAGACGUCUAUUUUAAGGACCCUAUGCCUAUGUUUAAUGGCUUUCCGCUCACCCGUGCGCGGCCAGGAAUGGAGGAAUUCUAUACGGCCUAAUCUUCAUACCUGGGAGACCAGUUUUGACCACGCUCGUUCUAAGAUUCCCAAUAUAGAACUGCAGCAGAUUGAUCUCCACUCCGAUAGUACAACCAUGGAUUUCCCGAGUCCAGAAUCUGGCUCAUCUUAUGCGCUACCAUCAUCUCCACCGGAUUCGCCUAUAACGGGCGGCCGUCGAGUGCCCACUAGGUCCCAAGCCACCUGUGCACCUCCUGACAAGCAAACCCGCUCCCAGUCGCCGGAUUUAUCCGACACCGACACGAACCACGCAAUGGGACGGAAGCGUGGAUUUAGUCAAGUCAUGUCCUCACCAUCUGCCCGACAAGCCACUAGCCGUCCCGAAGUCAGUGACAAUCAAGGCAGUCAAUCACGGUGCCACGAUACGCAAUUUUGCACGCAGCGGUGCUUGCUUGGGUUACAGACUGGAGGCGUCCUAGAUGACUAUUGUCCAAACGUGACGCUCCAUCGUCGGGACCGAGACAGCGCCAAACAUCUCAUCACCCUAGAGGAUCUGGUGCACCUACUGAAAAUAGAAUUAGACGAAAACAUUGACCGAUGUAUACCUUUUGGAAGGUGUGGAUCAUAUGGUGCUCCCUUCAAAUUGACCUGUGCCGCAUAUGGCUAUACUGUCAUCGGGAAAGGAACUACGUCUGGACUGUGGAAAGAGGUCUCCGGGGAAGCGCAGGUGUACCAGAUCUUGCGAAAAGCUCAGGGGUCGGCCGUGCCUGUUUUCCUAGGCACAAUCGACUUGGCGAAGAUUUACUUUCUUCAUGGAGCCGGGGAAAUCCGUCAUAUGCUUGUCAUGGGAUGGGGUGGCAUAAGCACAUCAACGAUGGAGAUGUCGCCUCGGCUUCGCGAGGAGAUACGCAAGUCCUAUAAGGAAAUCAAAGCUUUGGGAAUUGUCCACGAAGAUCUUCGGCGUGACAAUAUCCUUUGGAGUGAGGAACUAGGACGGGCCCUAAUCAUCGACUUCCAUCGCUUUACUUUGAAAUGUCGACCGAACCAGCAACGACUCCAAGCCGCAAAGCGACGCCAAUGUGGAGCCGAGACAGGAACUACAAAACGUCUUCGUGUUUCCUAA